UGUAUGAGCAGCAAUCUGAAGAGUGAACCGAAAGUUUGUGUAAAGUUUUGGCGAUUGGAGAAAUGGCUAGCGCAGUGGAUGCUGUAGGAAAUCCGAUCCCAACGUCGGCGGUGUUGAUGUCGGCGUCGAAGCACAUAGAUAUUAGAUGCCGGAACGAGAAUGUAGCAUAUCUCAAAUGCAAGAAGGACGAUCCAAACCCGGAGAAAUGCCUCCAAAAGGGUCAACAAGUCACUCGCUGUGUCCUUAGCCUGUUGAAGGAUCUCCAUCAGAGGUGUAACAAAGAGAUGGAUGCUUAUGCUGGAUGCAUGUACUACAACACAAAUGAGUUUGAGAUGUGUCGUAAUGAGCAGAAGGAUUUUGAGAAAGCCUGUCCUUAUUGACUGGCUGACGAAUGAUGUUUUUCAUUUAAGAAAUAAAAAACUUGGAUGUAUUUGCAAACGGAGAAGAGCAUUUUGUUGUUAGCAUCUUUCAUCAAUAUGUUUGUAUUUGGAACCCUAAAACAGGGCACUUGCCAAUUUGAUGCUCCUCUUAAAUUUGUCUUCAACAUAAAUCAUGAAGCGGAAAUUCAUACAUGACUUGUUUUCAGAGCAUAAAUUAGAAUUUGGAUCGAUCGUUCUUUAA